AUGCUUUUGGCUCUCCAGCGCUGGUGGGAGGCCGGAUUAGAAGGCCCUUUUAUCGAGGAGAUGAUAAGUGGCGCUUUCAGCGACUUUGCCCCUUACGCGGGCGCAGAGCAGCGGCAGCUGCGUUUUGUUCGCCAGCAGACGGAUGGUACCAAAACGUCCUUUGUGUGCGAGGAGGAUGGGGAGUGGGCGGUAAAUGUGGAAAACCGACAUGUCGGCGCUGUGGCCUUCUCAACGAGGCGAGAGGUCGUAUGUGACCUGCGUGCGCGGCUCCCAUUGCGGUUGGGGUCUGCGGAGACUACCACCAACGGCGGAGACAAGGGCACCAGCGACAACACAGGCGACAGUGAUAACGGGACUGAAGUGUCUCACGCGGCGCGCCUUCAGACACUAGGCAACCAACGCCGCUUUAUUUCAUCUGCUGCUCUGCCGUCUCGCGGUCGGCCCGGCACCAUUGGUGUGCUGGAGGUUUUGCUCUCACCCACUCUGGAGCGCUACGGAGUUGGCUUGCGCGUUGGUCCCUUCUCGCUGCGCACCACAACAGGGCCUUCGCGAAGCGACGCAAAGGAUAACCACGACAGUACACAGACGGACACCUUACGUCGCACUCCGCUGCUCAUUGAUGGCUCGUGGUGUAUACCUGUGGGGCCCCUGCUGCCCGGUUCCCUCGCCACGGUGCUCCCACCCUCGCUGUGCGUCUCUCUUGCGCUGCAGCAUCCAAUGGGCAGUGUGGAGGGUGACACUCUAGCAUCUCUGUGCGUUCAUAACAAACCAUCCGGAUCUUUCCACGACACCUUUCGUCUCCUCGUGGUGCAGACGCUCAUGUCAAACAACAGGCUGUUGCAAUCCGGAGAUGAAACCGCAAGGAGUCGAAGUACGCUCUUCCUCGGUGACGUAAGUUGGCGGGAUUUGGGUACAUUGAUUGGGGUAAGCAAGUCCUUUGGUAACGGUCUCCUCCGCCUGAGUGCCUCCUCGAUGAUGCACGAUGGCGAAACGGACUACGAGGCCGCGAUGAUGGUGGAUGCAACGCCUGCCUUUGCCAAACAAACACAGCUGAAAUUUGGGAUUAACAAAGUUGGCCGUUUUGGCGCCGGCAUCACCACCAAAAUAUUUGAGGAUCUACUCUUGACGCUCGGCGUGCAUCACAUGCGUGGGGCUGACACGCGGUUUGGGCUUGAGGUAUCAAUGUAG